AUGACGACACGAACCCAACUACAAACCCAUUUCGGCCGACUCAGGGACCUCGCGUCCCAACCUUCUCAGCCUCUCAAGCCUAGCUUUUGGGACAACCUCAAUGUCGACAGCAGGAAAGCAUCUGUCAACCUAGAGCGAUCAUGGGAAUUUAAUAAUGAAUCUGCCUGGGACCCAAUCGGCUCUGUAAAAGACGAAUGGAACGAUUAUAUCUAUCCGAGAACAAUCAAGCCUCUCCUCCAACACAACACGAACAAAAUAUACCAUGGUGUCAAAAAGCAGACUCCUUACAGUGUGUGUUGCUGGAUGAUUGGCAAAGAGUGGGAUUCGUCGCAUCCAGCCGCGAUCAUCAUCUGCGGAAAUAAGAAAGUCACAAAGAAUGCUGUGAAAUUGAUUGAACGGCACGGCGAGCUCAUCCGCACUUGGGGCUUCCAGGUUUAUGGUUACGAGAGCAAGAUUUCAUUGACUAUGGGCGCCUCUUCAAGCGAGCUUGAUGAGGGGUCUACUCUCUGCGCUAUCAGUGGGACGCGGUUUGCUGUUGGAGGCGGCGAUGGGAUAUCGACUCGGACGGCAACUCUUGGAGGGAGUAUCAUGAUCAAUGGAGAAUUCUUCGGCCUGACAGUUGCUCAUCCCUUCAUGAACAUCUCCCAAGAUGAAUCAUCAGAUGACGAUGAGAGUGAUAUGAGCGACGAUGAAAGCGAUUUUUCAGACAAUAUCGGUUACGCCGAUACCACCGAACUGGCCACUGUCGAAUCGGUUAUGCUUAAAUCCAACGUAGCCGUGGUGGAAGAUCCAAUAUCUCACCAACGAACGAUCCUAGGAUCAAUUCCGGAUCAAUCUUACUUCUCACAUACCGCAGACUGGGCUCUUCUCAAACUUGAGCCAGCUGCUCUUGCGAUCAAUCUCCUGGCCUUAGGUGACAAGCUUGCGAUUCCAUGGUGGGUACAACCUCAUCCGCCAAACGGAGAGCUUUGGGUGGGAGUGAACCCAUUGGAGUCAGUACAAACUAAGGCUUCGCCAUCAAUAUGCGGCUUAUUUGUUCCAUCCUCUGGGAUGCAAGACGUUUGGGCCAUGAGUUUGAAGCCAAGUAUGUCCAGUUAA